AUGUCUAAGCUGGACGUGGAGGCGGCAGUGAAACAGGCUGGUGGUAAGAAUGGAGUGGCUAGGAUACACUUAGAACAACUAAAGCUUGAUGAAGUACUUUACGCUCUACAAAAACUCAAGCCAAAAAAGUCAACGGGACCCGACGGCAUACCGCCCUACAUUUUCAAAGACUGUAGACUAGUAAUUGGUAAGCCACUUCUCUACAUCUUUAAUCAGUGCCUGGCGGAGGCAGUGUUUCCAGAUAGAUGGAAAACAACCAAGGUAGUCCCAGUACCAAAAGGAAAGUCAGCAUCAAACGUGAACCAAUAUAGGCCGGUUGCUGUGCUUUCAACACCAGCUAAAGUACUGGAGGCUGCAGUACACAAGAGCAUCCUCUCGCAGGUUAAUGUACAGCUUUCAGAUGAGCAACACGGUUUUAGACUCGACAGGAGCACCACCAGCAACCUAAUUAAUUAUAUGAAUUAUAUUGUACCUGAAGUGGAUGCUGGGGGACAGGUAGAAGUAGCUUUCGUGGAUUACAAAAAAGCUUUCGACCUAGUGGAUAAUACAUACUGCUCACAAAAAUGGCAGGUGUAG